AUGUCCUCCAUCCUGCCUUUCACUCCUCCCAUCGUCAAGCGGCUCCUGGGCUGGAAGAAAGGGGAGCAGAACGGGCAGGAGGAGAAAUGGUGCGAGAAGGCGGUGAAGAGCCUGGUGAAGAAGCUGAAGAAGACGGGGCAGCUGGACGAGCUGGAGAAGGCGAUCACCACGCAGAACAUCAACACCAAGUGCAUCACCAUCCCCAGAUCAUUAGAUGGCCGGCUGCAGGUAUCUCACCGGAAGGGUCUUCCCCAUGUGAUCUACUGCCGGCUGUGGCGGUGGCCAGACCUUCAUAGCCACCAUGAGCUGCGUGCCAUGGAGAUGUGCGAGUAUGCCUUUAACAUGAAGAAGGAUGAAGUCUGUGUGAAUCCUUAUCAUUACCAAAGAGUGGAAACCCCAGUGUUACCUCCAGUGCUGGUGCCUCGGCACACAGAGAUCCCAGCUGAGUUCCCGCCGUUAGACGAUUAUAGUCAUUCUAUUCCAGAGAACACUAACUUCCCAGCAGGUAUCGAGCCACAGAGCAACUACAUUCCAGGUACUACACCUCCUCCAGGCUAUUUGAGUGAGGAUGGAGAAACUAGUGACCACCAGAUGAACCCCAGCAUGGAUGCAGGUUCUCCAAACUUAUCACCAAACCCUAUGUCUCCAGCACACAAUAAUCUGGAUCUGCAGCCUGUUACCUACUGCGAGCCAGCUUUCUGGUGCUCGAUAUCCUACUAUGAACUCAACCAGCGAGUGGGAGAGACUUUCCAUGCCUCUCAGCCCUCUAUGACCGUGGAUGGUUUCACUGACCCAUCUAAUUCCGAACGCUUCUGCCUUGGUUUACUGUCUAACGUGAACAGAAAUGCGGCAGUGGAACUCACAAGACGACACAUUGGAAGAGGAGUGAGACUCUACUACAUUGGCGGCGAGGUGUUUGCCGAGUGCCUUAGCGACAGUGCCAUUUUUGUCCAGUCUCCCAACUGCAACCAACGCUACGGCUGGCACCCAGCAACAGUUUGCAAGAUUCCACCAGGAUGUAACUUGAAGAUUUUUAACAACCAGGAAUUCGCCGCUCUCUUGGCUCAGUCUGUAAAUCAGGGCUUCGAAGCUGUGUAUCAGCUGACCAGAAUGUGCACAAUUCGAAUGAGCUUUGUCAAGGGAUGGGGAGCAGAAUACAGGCGGCAGACUGUGACCAGUACUCCCUGCUGGAUUGAACUGCAUCUUAAUGGUCCUUUGCAGUGGCUAGACAAGGUCCUCACACAAAUGGGCUCCCCGAGUAUUCGUUGUUCCAGUGUCUCCUAAGGAAACAUCUCCCGGGGUGGGUGGGGGGAAGAAAGACUCUGGGAAAUGGAAUUGGCUGAACCCUGAGCAAAAUGCGUAGUGCAUA